CGCACACUGAAAUGUAAGUGGCACAUACUAACCUGCUCCCAGAAAACAAAAAAAAAGGAAUAAAAACGAAAACAAAACACAAAACUUCCGGUUAGAAGUGUAGAAAACUGUAAACUGGUCCACUAUCACAAGAAGCAAAAUAACACAAAAAAAAAAAAAAACAAACCAUACAACGAUGAUGCUGACGCUGAUAAAAAUGAUGACGAUGUUAGUAAAUCUGCCCUCAAUAUUACAAAAACGGGUGUAGCUACAACACCCACUAACACUAACACUGUUCCAUUAGGCUGAUAUGCAUGCAUUUUAUAUAAACCACAAGAAACCAAGCAGCUAUAGCCACUAAAGAGAACCCCCAAAGGAAACCUCCCCCCGUAAAACAACGAUCCUGUGAUCUUGAGAAGCACGUAUGAUCUCACCACAAGGAACAGCCAAAGGAGCUAGAGAGCAAACAUAGAUUCCCCCCAAAACAAAACUCCCUCAACAGCUGCCAGAGUUUUCACACAACUGCUUCCUCCCCCAAAAACGAAGGACAUAUCACCGAUAAGGAUAACACAUUCUCCAACCAGCAAAAACAAAGGAUAUACAUUAUUCACAACAGCCACCGCCAAGCGUCACCGUUGUCGUCAUCACCACCACCAUGUGUGAUUCAAUGCUAUAUCAAACACUACAAACAUGUCUGCCAAAAUCAAGGAUCAUAACCCUGUGGCUCGCCUUCAAUCUGGCGAUGCUGGUCCAAGAGCCCAGGCGACAUGCGGCCACAGUAAAUGCAGCAACCGCUGGCGGUAGUAUGUUGGGAGAUGUUAAUAUAUCGGCUAUAUUGGAUUCCUUCAGUGUCAGUUAUGACAAAAGAGUAAGACCCAACUAUGGUGGACCCCCGGUCGAAGUUGGUGUCACCAUGUAUGUGCUAUCGAUCAGCUCGCUAUCUGAAGUGAAAAUGGACUUUACACUGGAUUUUUACUUCCGUCAAUUUUGGACCGAUCCUCGUUUAGCGUAUAGAAAACGACCUGGUGUAGAAACACUAUCGGUUGGAUCAGAGUUCAUAAAAAACAUUUGGGUACCUGACACCUUUUUCGUAAAUGAAAAACAAUCAUAUUUUCAUAUUGCAACAACCAGUAACGAAUUCAUACGAGUACAUCACUCCGGAUCAAUAACAAGAAGUAUUAGAUUAACCAUUACCGCAUCCUGCCCUAUGAAUCUUCAGUACUUCCCCAUGGAUCGUCAAUUGUGUCACAUUGAAAUUGAAAGCUUCGGUUACACGAUGAGAGAUAUCCGUUACUUCUGGAAAGAUGGACUGAGUAGUGUUGGCAUGAGCAGUGAGGUCGAACUACCUCAGUUCCGCGUCUUGGGACACAGGCAGAGGGCGACCGAAAUAAACCUAACCACAGUCGGCUAUACCAUGCGUGACAUUCGCUAUAAGUGGAAUGAAGGACCGAACUCGGUUGGUGUCUCGAGUGAGGUCUCGCUACCGCAAUUUAAGGUCUUGGGUCAUCGUCAGAGAGCUAUGGAAAUCAGUCUUACCACAGGAAAUUACUCGCGUCUUGCAUGCGAGAUACAAUUUGUGCGUUCGAUGGGCUAUUAUCUUAUUCAAAUUUAUAUACCCUCUGGACUGAUCGUUAUUAUAUCAUGGGUAUCAUUUUGGCUUAAUCGUAAUGCUACACCAGCCCGUGUAGCUUUAGGUGUCACCACUGUGUUGACCAUGACAACUUUGAUGUCAUCGACAAAUGCUGCGCUGCCGAAAAUUUCUUAUGUCAAAUCGAUUGACGUCUAUCUCGGAACAUGUUUCGUGAUGGUCUUUGCCAGUUUAUUGGAAUAUGCCACUGUGGGCUAUAUGGCAAAACGAAUUCAAAUGCGAAAACAAAGAUUUAUGACGAUCCAAAAGAUGGCUGAGCAAAAAAAGCAGCAACAACUAGAUGGGGUGCAACCGCCUCCCAAUCCAAAUCCGAAUACGGUGGUGGAUCAUGGCGGACAUGGGCAUGGCCAUGGCCAUCACAGCCAUGGUCAUCCUCAUGUACCCAAACAAACAGUGAGUAACCGCCCAAUUGGCUUUCAAAAUAUGCAACAAAACGUUGGUGGUCGCGGUUGCUCGAUAGUGGGACCCUUGUUCCAGGAGGUGAGAUUCAAAGUGCACGAUCCCAAGGCUCAUUCCAAGGGUGGAACCCUGGAGAAUACCGUCAACGGAGGACGGGGUGGCCCGCCCGUUGGACCACACGGUCCUGGACCCCAGGGCCCCCCAGGUGGACCGCCAGCUGGUGGCGGAGGUGGAGGAGGAGCACCGCCCGAAGGUGGUGAUGCUGAGGCCGCCGUACCAGCACACUUGCUACACCCGGGCAAGGUAAAAAAAGAUAUUAACAAGCUCUUGGGCAUAACGCCAUCGGACAUAGACAAAUACUCACGCAUAGUGUUUCCGGUGUGUUUCGUGUGCUUUAAUCUCAUGUACUGGAUAAUCUAUCUGCAUGUCAGCGAUGUGGUGGCCGAUGAUCUGGUCUUACUGGGCGAAGAGAAAUAAACCAAAAAACCAAAAAAAGACUUAUCCAAUGCAAAUGCAAGUGCGAGAACGAAAACGAAAGAGAGUCAACGGUCAACAUCAGCACACGAGAGAGAGAGAGAGAGUCGUAACCACAAUCUGGCCAUCACCACUACCAAUAACAACUGUGAAACAGUAAACCUACAACAACACUACCACAGUAAUCUUUGCACACGCAAAGGCAGGUGAAUUCGCAAUGCAAGUGCAAGAAAUUCCAGGCUUGAUGGAGAUGCUCACAUUCUCAUCUCCCACGUUCAGCCCAAGGCACACAAACAACAAUGGCUCAUUAUAGCAACAGCAACCGCGCAACAACAAACAAAACCAAGAGAUACACGCAUUAGUUGUAGUUAAAUGAAAUUUAAUACAUAUUAAACCAAAAAGAAACAAAAACCCGAAAACAUAAUUUUAGUAAGCAAAGAACAAGAAUAGCUAUAAUUUAUUGUUAA